AUGUCUCUGGAAUCUUUUGUCAGCCAAAUUUGCAGCUUCCUUGUCAAUGUUCUGGGUCAAUACAUCCCAUAUUUUUCUGUAAUUUCGAUUUCUGUAAAUCUGUGCCACGUCUUCAUUUUGAGCCGAAAAUCUGUGACGUCUUCAUCUAUGAAUACAUUAUUGAUUGGAAUUGCCAUCGUUGAUAUCUUAUCUCCAAUGGUUUUUGUGAAAAGAGGAGUUCAGAGGGUUUGGAAUGGGUUUUUGGAUCCUUGCGAAAUUCCAACAUAUGAUGAAGUUCUGCUAGAUUUAAUUCUCGCAGCUUUCUGCGAAAAUUUUCGAAGGUGUUCCACGUGGAUGGGCCUGCUUUUAGCUAUAACUAGAACAGUUUCAGUCAAAUUGGCAGCUGGAAAAAGCUCAAAACUUCUAGGGGACUCCAAAUUUGGACUUAUUCUCAUUUUUUCUACAGUAACCCUUAGCGCACCAAUAAUGAUACCGUAUUAUAUACGGUACCAAAUUGUGGAGAGCGCUCCGCAAAACUGUCAAUUUCUAAACGGAGACUUCAAAUGGAUCACUAAAUUCUCUUGUGAAGAAUUUUCUCCGGAAAAUAAAAGCAUCGUUUUGGGCGGAGCCGCAAGAACUAUUCAUAUUUUACUGACUGGAAUUUUCGGCCAGCUAAUUCCAUCAAUAUUAUUCCCAAUUUUUGCCUCCAUUCUUAUUUGUGAACUUCGGAAACCGGAAAAAAUGAAUUCAGCAAUUGUAAAAACCGAGAAAAUUAGUAAAAUGGUGAUUUACAUGACAAUCACAUUUUUGGUCAUCGAAUUUCCGAUUGGAGUGGGCAAGAUUUUUAAUUCAAUGCAGACUGAGUCAUCUAUCCCACAUGACUCCAAUCAAAUAUUCCAAUAUUUCUAUGUUCCAAUGACUCUAAUGCACUGCUUUAUAUGCCUUUCAAUGUCUUCCCAAUACCAAAAAACCGUCAAAAACAUUUUGGGUCUCAAAACGACAAAAUUGAAGAAAAUCCAAUUUUCCAGUCAUGGUGGAUCUACAAUGCUGAAAACUUAA